AACAAUCCGGUUGCAGUAGCAAUCCGGUAUAUAAAUGAUAAAUUAGUUAGAAUACCUUACACUGUCGAUGUGUAGUCUAUGGUCAUCAAAGCAAGAUGCAUUUGAAACUGCUGACGGUGGCUAUUUUGGUGAUAGCAAUGUUCUGCGAUAACGCGGACGCCUGGUGGUGGAGAAAGUACAAGAAAAAUAAACAAUGUGGAAAAAGAGGUGGUGCUUCCCCAUACUAUUUUGGCACUACCAACUUAUGGUGCAUGAUGAAACACGGAAAGGGAAAACGCCGUGCUCCGUGGAGAUCCACUAUAGCAUUGAGUCACCGAUUCAUCUACUACAAAGGAUUUUACUUCGACUUCAUGAGCAAUUCGUAUGCUUACUAUUCGAGACAACGUCUUAUGGGACACAAAUGCAAAGGGAAAAUGGAGAAAUCCCCGGCCGGAUACAGUGAAUUGAGUGUCAAAUGCAUCAAGGGCUGUGCCAAAAACUACAGAUGUAGUUUUGGCAAAUAUCAUCUUCUUCGCAACAACUGCCACAAGUUUGCCAACCGUCUCUCUGCAGCGCUGUGCAGAAAAGGGAGAACUUGCCCCGCCUGGUGUCAAGGAAGUUGUAAUCACGCCAUAUCCGCUUAAUGUUUAUGACUGUCUUGUGGAUAAUAAAGUGAUUAUUAUUGAAAUCAAAAAAUGUCUAUUUUCUUAAAGGACAAUAUCACUUAACAUAUUUCAUCUUUUUUUAAAUUGAAUUA